AUGACUGACGCAAAUGAUCGAACAGAGGAUUCGAGCCGAAAGGAAGAAUCUGUGGAAGAGUUGAACAAUGCCAGUGGGGUUCUGAAAGGUGAAAUCGAGACAAACCAGGAUUCGUUUGAGAACCAAACCAUCGAACCAGCUCAAUCAGAGGUGCCAACAUCAAAACCUCUGAAAAAAAGAUUGACUCUCCAAGAAAGGCUAGCACUAGCUGCAAAGGGAAUAAAGAAACCGAGCCCAAAGCCAUUGGUAGAUGGUGAGCAAACACAAACACAAGCUCAAACACAAGCUCAAACACAAGCCCACGCUCAAUCAACUUCCCCGGUCAUGUCACCCCAAGUAACCGGCAACCAGGGGACCAACGAUGGUGAUUCAAAGUAUAAAGCCGAGGUUGAGAAACUAAGGCUUGACAUAGCGAAUUUAAAGAAAGCAAAGCCCGACUCGUUUGCGAAGGAACGUCAACAAUUUUUAGAGAAACUCAAAACUAAAGAUGAAACUAUUGAACAAUUACUCAAGGAAGGAGAGUCAUUGUCGCGCAAGGAGCUCGUUUUGAAUGAGAGCAUAAAGAAGCUCAAGUUAGCUAACCAAACGUUGGAGGAGGAUAUGGCUGAAUUUGCUAAGAAGCACGAUUCUGUAUUAAUUUCCUCUCAAGAACUCCAAGAAUUAGUCAAGUUUCAUAAACUAAAAAAUGUGGAUCAAUUAAUUGAAAAGUUUUCUCAAUUGAAUCAGGAAUUAAUUGAAAGCAAGAAGGAGUGUGAAGGUUUGAAGCAUUGGGAGACGCGUUAUAAUGAAUUGUCAAAACAGCAUGAGGAGCUUAUUGCAACGAGAAAAGAAUUAACCAAAGAGGUAAACUCGCUCAAAGUUGAGCAUGAAAUGGCAAAAAAGCAAUUUGAGUUGGAUCUUGAAUUAAAGCAAGACAUUAUUGCGUCCCAAAAGGAUGAACUUUCUAAAGCAAAACAAAAUUAUUCAGAAGAAAUAGCACGAUUGGAAGAAAAAGUUGAGUCGUUGAGAAUGGACCACGAGGUACCGACAAUACCUCAUAGUGAUGACAAAAUUGACUUUGACGAUUUCAAAAAGUUAUCUGAUGCGCAUCAUGUUUUGCAGAAACUGUACUUGUCUUCGCAAGAGAAUUGGAAAUUGAUUGAGUCUAACCUUUCUUUGAAAGUAGAUACAUUGAAUUCGGCAUUGGAUGUAGCCAAGCGGGCAAAACACAAAUUGAGCAAUGAUUUGAUCAAGGCCAAUGGCGCUUUACAGUCGCAAUCUAACGAUAUAAGAAUCCUACAGGAUGAGAAGAAAAGGUUGCAAGAACAGGUGAACGAAUUGCAGCUAUCAAUCAAACUCAAAGACAAUGACAUACAAGUCGUCAAUGAAAAACUAGAGCGUUUACAAUCAGUAUACAUACAAGAAAGAUCGAAUCUUAACAUCAAAAUUGACUCUUUAAAUGAAACAAUUAAAUCACUCAAGGAGCAACAAGGACCACAAGAAUCAAUUCCCAAAUUGAAUCGUGACAGUUCAAUAAGCUCCGAUUUGAGCUGGAACGAAAUUCGUCUUGGCGAAUCAUCAAACACGCCUGCAUUGAAUAAAGAAUUUGCCAUGUUUCUGAAUCACUCGCUGGCGUCCUUCACUGAGAUUGGUGAAGGUGAGCUACUGGAACGAGAAUCUUAUUUGGCACCUGGUUUGGGUUUUGCCGCAAGCGGGAACAACGGAAGCACCAGUGGACUUGGUGUACCAACAUCUCUAAGUAAUAGCAAUAAUUUACAAUUGAUUCAUAAAAUGAGUUCAAACAUUAGACGAUUGGAAAUUGAGUUAAAUACUCUCAAGGAUGAAUACGAGAAGCUAUUAGAUGUCAAGGAAUUGAGGGAGCAGGAAUUGCUUGAGUCAAUAAAGGUCUAUGAGCAAGUAAACGAGUUAAAGUCAAAGAUUGAGGAACUAGAGAAGAUAAUUGAGGAAAAGAAUGCGAAGGAGCUGACGAUGUUGGAGUUGAUUGGUGAAAAGUCGGAGCAAGUUGAAGAGUUGAAAGCAGAUGUUGCUGACUUGAAAGAUUUGUGCCGCAAUCAAGUGCAACAAAUGGUGGAAAUGCAAGGCUUGUAG